AUGGCGGAGCAAGCCGCCCUCGAGCGACUCCUCGCGGACCUCCGCUCGCCCAUCGACGAGUCUGCGCUGAGCGAGAGCUUCUCCGACGUCGGCCUCGAGGACCUGCUCGUGGCGGCCGCAGCGGGCGACGGCGGCAGCGACGGCGACAGGGAGGAGGGCGGCGGCGAGGACCUGCCCGUCUCUGGCCGCGUGGUGGCCUCGCUCCAGGCGGAAAACGCGUCGCUUCGGAGGAGGGCAAAGCUCGCCGCCGCGCAAGCGCAGGCUGACCUGCAGACGUACCGGGCCACGGCCGAGGCGGCGCAGGCGCGCACGCGUGACGAGGUCACCUCCCUGCGCGAGGCGCUCUUGGCGGUGCAGGUCGAGAUGCCCAAGCUGCGCGACCGGCUGGUGGCGAGCAAGCAGGAGUUCGCCUCGCUGCGCAUCUCGGCCGAGCAGUACCGCGCGAUCGCGGACGAGCAGACCAGCGUUGUGCAGUGGGUGCAGGCGCGGGCGGAGCGUCCGCUCGGAGAGCUGCGCGGGCAGGCGACGGCGGCCGCCGUGGCGCAGACCGGGAUCGCCGCGCAGCUGCAGGCGGAGGGCGGCGCUCGAGUCGCCGCUGAGUCGUCAGUCCGACAGCUCAAGACGGAGGUGCACGGGCUGAGGGAGGAGCUCAACGCCGCUCGGCUCAAGCUCGCUGCGGAGCGCGCCGCCGCCGCGGAGCGCGACGCGGAGCACGCGGCGGCGCUUGCAGAGGCCGCCGUGGUGGCGUCGGCUGCGGGAGCGGGCGCGGGCGGCGCGGUUGCGGCGCAAGAGCCGGAGGCCGUCGUCGCCGCGCGGGCGUACCUCGCGGGUCGGCUCGAGGUUGCGAGCGAGAGGCUGCUGCAGACGGAGGCGGUGCUGGCGCGGCGCGACAGCGAUCUCGCCAGCAUGCAGGCGGGAGGAGGGGAUGGCGAGGGCGCGGCCAAGGAGGCUGCCGAGGCGAGGCUGGCGGCGGCGGCGGCCGAGCACGCGGAAAGCUGCUCGAGCCGCGUGGCGGAGGAGGCUGCAAAGUGGGAAAAGGCGGCGGCCGCCGCGGCGGCGGCGGCCGAGUCGGCUCACCAGGCGACGAUGGCGCCGCUGCGCGAGGGUCGGGAUUUGGCGGUGGCCGACGCCGCGGCGUGGCGGGCGCGGUACGAUGCGCUGCAGCAGCAGCACAAUGAGCACACGGCAGCGUCGGCGGAGCAGAUCUCGUCGAGCCACGCCGCCCUGGUCGACGCGCGGGCCGAGCUCAAGCUCCGCAACUUCGAGCAGGAGCGGCUGCAGGCGCGGCGCCAUCUCCGACGGCGGCACACCGCCGGGGCCCACCCUUGCGCCGCCCCGUCGCGGCUCGAGCAGGCGGCCGCCUUGCAGCAGCGGGAGUCGCUCGCGGCGGACGCGGCGCGCGCUGGAGAGAGGUCCGAGGCGCGUAAACUCUCGUCGCAGCGCACGCCAGCUCGCCGCCGCUCCGUCGCCGCCCCGCAGGCACGCGAGAAGCUCGAGUUGCUCAAGCACGAGUACUACGGCCUGCAGGCGAGCAGCGGCGAGGCGGCGGCGGAGCUGCGCGACGCGCGGGCGCGGCUGAGGGAGUACGACCGGCUCGAGGGCGAGCUGGACCAGUCAGUGCUGCAGACGGGCGCCGCAGCCCUCGGCGGCGUGCUCACGCCGCCGGCUGUGCGCGUGCCGGCGUCCGCGGAGGCGCGGCUCAAGCAGCGCGUCGCCGACGAGCUGCGCGCCACCCUCGCCGCGCGAGAGGCGGAGAUUGGCGAUUUGCGACGCGGCAUCGAGCAGGCGCGGCGCCGCACGCAGUUCGCUGCCUCGCCGCAGACCUUCCUCAUCGACAAGAUCGAGGCGGCCGAGGGCGGGGCGCGCGAGGCGGAGGCACGCGCAGCCGCGGCGGCGCAGGAGGCGGCCGACCGCAAGGCCGCGCUCGACGCGGCGCACGAGCAGCAGAAGCUCCUGCAGGGCGACCUCGAGCGGCUGCUGCGGCAGCGAGGCUCGAUCGACUCGCUCCGCACCACGCUCGCGCGACUUCUGUGA